AUGGAAAAAGAGAGAGAUGUAUUCAAAAACUUCAAUCCAAAGAAAUCAAAAUUGCAACAAAGAUCUAAAGAUCAAAAGAAAGAGAAGAAGCAUCCGUAUCUUAUCGGGCAAUUACGUCUUCUCCAACUUCCAACUUUCAACCUCCAACAACUUGAAAAGGUUGGAACUUCUCAACUUCAAAGGUUCUAA